AUGGACCCACCCAAUGCCCUCUGGAUGGAGGGAGGAGCCUCCCUGGAGUUCCAGAACUUCCCGGGCACAGUGGCCAAUUCAGGGGGCCACAGCUGCGGCCAUGGCUCUGUGUCUUGGGUCUGGGGCAGCCAGGAGGAGGUGGGCCCAGAGCACAGCGGACUGGCACCCGGUGGGCACCCUGGGCACAGCCUGGUCGUCGGGCAGCAGGACAGGAUCGGCUUCACAGUCCUGCCCACUGUCACCACCUGCCGCUCAGGGGCCCUCGGGUUACGAACCAGGAAGGUUUGGAGCCUGGGGGGCUGUUUCCAGGGGUCCCCAGACUCCCCCUGUGAAGGCUGGAGCAGGGGUGGAGCGUGGCUGGCCUGCAGCACCUGGGGGAAAGUCGGGUCCAUGCAGGGACACCGGGACCCCGGAGGCUGGUUGGGGCCAAGCCUGUGCCGGGGCGAGCUGGACUUCGGCGGGUCCGGGAAAAAGCACAGCAAGUUCGUGAAGGUGCCAGGUGAUGUGGCCCCCGCGGCACUCUUCGACCUCCUGCUGGCCGAGUGGCACCUGCCGGCCCCCAACCUGGUGGUGUCGCUGGUGGGCGAGGAACGGCCCUUCACCAUGAAGCCCUGGCUCCGGGAUGUGCUGCGCAAGGGGCUGGUGAAGGCGGCGCAGAGCACAGGGGCCUGGAUCCUCACCAGCGCUCUCCGGGUAGGCCUAGCCCGGCACGUGGGGCAGGCCGUGCGUGACCACUCCCUGGCCAGCACGUCGACAAAGGCCCGAGUGGUGGCCAUCGGCAUCGCUCCACUGGACAGGGUCCUGCACCGCCACCUCCUGGACCGUGCCCAGGAGGACGUCCCGGUUCACUACCCCGAGGGAGACGACAGUCAGGGCCCCCUCUGCCCGCUGGACAACAACCACUCCUACUUCAUCCUGGUGGGGCCGAGCGCCCCCGGGGCCACAGACGGGCCCGCAGAGCUGCGCCUGAGGCUGGAGAAGCACAUCUCAGAGCAGAGGACCGGCUAUGGGGGCACCAGCAGCAUCGAGAUCCCUGUCCUCUGCCUGAUGGUCAACGGUGACCCCGGCAUGCUGGAGAGGAUGUCCCGGGCCUUGGUGCACGAGGCCCCGUGGCUGAUCCUGGCCGGCUCUGGGGGCCUCGCAGACAUCCUGGCAGCCCUGGUGAACCAGCCCCACCUCCUGGUGCCCCAGGUGGCUGAGAAGCAGUUCAAGGAGAAGUUCCCCAACGAGCACUUCUCUUGGGAGGACAUCCUGCACUGGACCAGGCUGCUGCAGACCAUUGCUGCGCACGCGCACCUGCUCACGGUGUACGACUUUGAGCAGGAGGGCUCCGAGGAGCUGGACACGGUCAUCCUCAAGGCGCUGGUGAAAGCCUGCAGGAGUCACAGCCAUGAUGCCCAGCACUACCUCGAUGAGCUCAAGCUGGCCGUGGCCUGGGGCCGCGUGGACAUCGCCAAGAGUGAGAUCUUCAACGGGGACGUCGAGUGGAAGUCUCAAGACCUGGAGGAGGUGAUGAUGGACGCGCUGGUGAACGACAAGCCGGACUUCGUGCGCCUCUUCGUGGACAACGGCGCGGACGUGGCCGACUUCCUGACGUACGGGCGGCUGCAGCAGCUCUACCGCGCCGUGUCCCCCAAGAGCCUGCUCUUCGACCUCCUGCAGCGCAAACACGAGGAGGGCCGCCUGACGCUGGCCGGCCUGGGCGCCCAGCAGCCCCGCGAGCCGCCCGCCGCGCCGCCCGCCUUCUCCCUGCACGAGGUCUCCCGCGUGCUCAAGGACUUCCUGCAUGACGCCUGCCGCGGACUCUACCAGGAGGGCCGCGCGGGGGCCCGCGGGCCGGCUGAGAAGGGUCCGGCCAAGCGGCCCACGGGGCAUAAGUGGCUGUUGGACCUGCAGCAGAAGAGUGAGGAUCCCUGGCGAGACCUGUUCCUGUGGGCGGUGCUGCAGAACCGCCACGAGAUGGCCACCUACUUCUGGGCCAUGGGCCAGGAGGGCGUGGCCGCCGCGCUGGCCGCCUGCAAGAUCCUCAAAGAAAUGGCCCACCUGGCGGCUGAAGCCGAGGUGGCCCGGACCAUGCGGGACGCCAAGUACGAGCAGCUGGCCCUGGGUCUCUUCUCUGAGUGCUACAGUAACAACGAGGACCGCGCCUGCGCGCUGCUGGUGCGCCGCAACCGCAGCUGGGGCAGGACCACGUGCCUGCACCUGGCCACCGAGGCAGAUGUCAAGGCCUUCUUUGCCCAUGACGGCGUGCAGGCCUUCCUGACACGGAUCUGGUGGGGGGACAUGGCCACAGGCACCCCCAUCCUGCGCCUGCUGAGCGCCUUCAUCUGCCCCCCACUCCUCUACACCACCCUCAUCACCUUCAGCGACGAGGCCCCACAGAGGGCAGAAGCAGAGGCCCUGCAGGGGUCAGACAGCCUGGACUUGGAGAGAAGCCCACUCAGCAAGCCCAGUGGCCGGACAGACCAGCCAGACGAGGCACCAGGGGCUCUGUCCCUCCACCGCGGGCCUGGGGCCUCCUCUCUGCUCACACGCUGGCGCAAGUUCUGGGGUGCUCCAGUGACCGUGUUCCUGGGGAACGUGGUUAUGUACUUCGCCUUCCUCUUCCUGUUCACCUAUGUCCUGCUGGUGGACUUCCAGCCGCCACCCCACGGGCCCACAACACCUGAAAUCACCCUCUACUUCUGGGUCUUCACGCUGGUGCUGGAGGAGAUCCGGCAGGGCUUCUUCACGGAUGAAGGCACGAACCUGGUGAAGAAGUUCAUGCUGUAUGUGGAAGACAACUGGAACAAGUGUGACAUGGUGGCCAUCUUCCUGUUUGUCGUCGGUGUGACCUGCAGGGUGCUGCCCUGGGUGUUCGAGGCUGGCCGUGCAGUGUUGGCCAUUGACUUCAUGGUCUUCGCGCUGCGGCUGAUCCACAUCUUCGCUGUCCACAAGCAGCUGGGCCCGAAGAUCAUCAUUGUGGAACGGAUGAUGAAGGACGUCUUCUUCUUCCUCUUCUUCCUGAGCGUGUGGCUCGUGGCCUACGGCGUGACCACCCACGCCCUGCUGCACCCGCACGACGGCCGCCCCGAGUGGAUUUUCCGCCGCGUGCUCUACCGGCCCUACCUGCAGAUCUUUGGCCAGAUCCCGCUGGACGAGAUGGAUGAAGCCCGGGUGAACUGCUCCACACACCCCCUGAUGGGGGACUCACCCUCCUGCCCCAACCUCUACGCCAACUGGCUGGUCAUCCUGCUGCUGGUCACCUUCCUGCUGGUCACCAAUGUGCUGCUCAUGAACCUCCUCAUCGCCAUGUUCAGCUACACGUUCCAGGUGGUGCAGGGGAACGCCGACACAUUCUGGAAGUCGCAGCGCUACAGCCUGAUCGUGGAGUACCACGAGCGGCCCUCGCUGGCCCCGCCCUUCAUCGUCCUCAGCCACCUGAGCCUGCUGCUCAAGAAGGCCUGCCGCAAAGAGGCAGAGCCACAGGGCCAGCGGCUGGAGAGAGACCUGCCCGACCCCCUGGACCAGAAGAUCCUCACGUGGGAGACGGUCCAGAAGGAGAAUUUCCUGAGCAGCCUCGAGAAGAGGAGAAAGGAGAGCACCGCGGAGGUCCUGCGCAAGACGGCCCUCAGGGUAGACGCAGUGGCCACGUGCCUGGGUGCACUUCGGGAGCAGGAGAGGCGAGUCAAGGGUUUGGAGUCUCAGAUCAACUACUGCACGGUUCUCCUGUCCACAGUGGCUGACACACUGGCACAGGGCCAUGGCCCCUGCAGCAAGUGGGGCUCCCAGAACUGCGGUGGCCGCAGCCCGAAGCUCCCUGCUGAGCACGGAGGCAGCCAUCCGUCCUGA